AUGUCCGAACAAGCAUAUUAUUCGAAAUUGGAAGACUCGGUGGCUACCAAGACCAUCACGAACCAGAACUCAUUCAAUUCCUUCAUGAAGGCCAUGAUGAAGAAGGUAGACCCUGAUUACAAGAAGUCAAAGAAUAACUUAACUAAAGAUAUUUUGAAAACAGAGUUCAAAAAUCUGAAGAAAUCUUUAGGGUUGCCUAAGUCUAGUAAAGCAGAGGUAUGCAUUACUUUUGACCAGCUGAUGAACUACUACAAUGGUGUAAAUGAGCCUUCUAAAAGACUUGAACAAAUCAAAAGCUUGUUCAAAAAAAUCUUGAAGAAAGAAUUCAAAAAGAUGAGAGAAAAUGGAUACAUUCAGAGAAUGCUCAAAGCAGUUUAUACUAAAGAACUGAUUGAGCAAGCCCAAAUUGGUAUUGAAACUUUAGCCAACGAAAGCCAAGAAUAUUUCUCUGUUCAUAGACCAAACACAGAGCAGUUCAGAGGGUUCAACUCUGAUCCCAAUGAAAUUUCUGAUAUUAAGAAUGAAGUAACUAAACUUACUGAGAUGGUCAAAGGUUUAUCUGAGAAUAAACCCCAGGACAAUUUUAGCGAAUUUAAACCAAGACAGACCCCUUCUAAUCAUGACCAAAGAGUAGACUUUGAUACCUCAGGCUCUUUCUUUAGCUACAGAAAUUCCCAUUUCUCAAAUCCUCAGACCCAGGAUUUCUUGACUAAUAGAGUCUGGCCAAAGACUAGAAUUCUCUUGGCCUUAGCAUCAAGAAUGUAUAAGGAGAAUGUGAUCACUCUUGAACAAAGAGGAAAACUGAAGGAUCUCAUCAUUGCUGCUGAUAUCAGACUGCAAGCAGCUCUCAAUGAAUACUACAUUGAUGGCAAUAGAGCAAUUUUAUACAGAAACUUGGUAUGUCUGAUAUAA